AUCUUCUCCUUGUUUCUUCAUCAUCUUCUCUACACAUUUAUCUGCUUUUAUUGGAAAACUGAUUCAUCUUAGAAAGAAAAAAAAAUUAGUAAUGGAAGGUAAAGGAAAUGCGAGAUCAUCUUCUUCGUUCUUUGGCCCCAAGGAACCUACUUCCUCCUCUACGUUCAAAUCUAUUUUCCCUCCUCCCUCCAAGGAAACAACAGGAAACAUUCUAAGCUCCAAACAUGGGUCCCUAGGCCAACGUAAAGAAUCUACAACCUGUAAUUUAAGUUCAUCUCUUUACUACGGUGGUCAAGACGUUUACUCUGGAUCCACCAGUAACCAUACUUACCCUACCGUUAACAAGGCUCAUCCUAGAGAAGACAAUGAUGCUAGUGGAAACAACUCGCAGGACGCAUCAAGAGGAAACUGGUGGCAAGGUUCACUUUAUUAUUAGAAAUCUUCUUUCCAAAGUAUGAAGAACAUCAAAUCACACAACAAUUUCGAUCGUAUAUCUUUCCUUGUUUGUUUGACUUGUAUUGAAAGAAACUGUAUCAAUGAUGCUUUAUUAGUCUCUCAGUCUAAUAUUAAUUCAAAGACUAGUUAUGCGUACUUAAAAACAUUCGAGUUCUGCAUGAAAUGGCAGUUAAACCUAAAAACUGAAUCAGAAACAACACAGAGGGAUUGUCUGUGGCCAAUCCAACAAUAUAAAGCGUAGAUGACAAGGAAGACAGUAUAUUUGUAU